UAGAUUAAACCUCGAUCCAAUUAAAAGUAUUAUAUUAAAAAAAAAAAGACAAUUUUUUUUUAUCAACAAAUUCUUUCACAAAUAGAAAUAACAAUGCCUUUUACUCCUUCAUCAUUACAAACUUUCCCUGACGAAAUUUUGCUCAUGAUUUUCUCGGAAGCAGAUAUUCCAACAUUAUUAUCACUUAGUAAUGUUUGUAAAAAAUUUAGAAGAUUAUCAAACGUCUGCUUGGCUGAUAAAUUUAAAGAAGAAAACGUUGGUUUAAAUUUAACUUUUGGACAAGAACAUAAAUUGCGUUCAAAUGUUAAAAUGGAAUUUCAUCACGUGGACGAAACUAAUGGAAAUUUUGUUUUUCAACCAAAAGAAGAAGACAUCCAAUUAAAAUAUUAUCAUUCACCGAUGUUAAAAAGUCCAAAGAUUUAUAAAGUGGCUUUACAUGACACCACACAAGCGAUAACUCAAAAAGAUGCAAAUUUAAUACAAAAAUCGGUUGGAUUUUCCGUGAAAUCACGCGAAGGGAAUCAUCAAAAGAUUCAAUAUGUUUAUCGUACAGGUUAUUUAAAGGUUCCUUUCAAGUUCAUUUAUUCAAUUAUUGAUAUACCUCCUGUCAAUGAUUCAAAAUCAAGAGGUGGAGAACGUUGGGUAACUCCUUUAUCAUUUGAAUGUCCUCCAAGUUUCUUUUAUCCAAAUGAUGCUGCCGUUCAUAGAAUUUUUAAAUCCAUGAUAAAUUAUAAACCUACCAUCAAGAAACAACAACAAUCAAUCAAAAAUUCUACCAUUUCAAAUACAACUAUAAAACAAAAACAAAUACAACGAACUUCUUUCAGUCAAGAACCUCAAGUAUCACAAAUUCAAGAACCAAUUUUACAAAUAGAAGUUAUACACGAAAAGAAAAAAUUAUUUAUGAUGCCUUUGGUAUCUUCAAGAAGAUUUAAUCUUGGCGCAAGAAGUUAAAAAACAUUAUAAUUAUUAUUUUUCAUUAUUAUUAUUUUAUUUUUAUUUU